GCUUUCAAUACAAAAUGUGGGGUGGGAAAAAAACGGGACACUAUUUCUAGUCCCAGUUGAUAGUAAACACAGAAAGUUCAAAGAAUUAAAAAUCUGUAUCCUCGCGACCAUAGACCGUUGUUAAUUAUUUAAAACACGAUCAGGAAUAUAUACUUCCCCCAACCUGGCCCUUAGGUGCACAAUAUUGCAUCAGCGUACGUGCAAUGACGCUUAUCACUAUAGUAACAUGUAAAGAGUUAUACAAUAAAAACAGCUGUACUUGCAUGAAAGCGUUGAAGCGCUCAAAUAAUAUAGAUGUGCUGCCUGCGUACUAGGAAACUCUUUGAAUAUCCGGCAGACGGUUAUAAUCUGAAUGUCCCUUACUAUGUUCCAAACAUUUUGUAACUGUGUUCGCCUCUAAUCGUAGCACAACUUUUUGAGCUGUUUCAUUUCGUCAUGGAAAUAGAACCUAAAAAAAUAACGAAAAAGGACUUUUACAGUAUAAUACAGAAAGCGCAGGGGGAGCUUGGAAUACGAGACGAAGACGUUGUUCAGUUGCCAAUAGUCAGACAGAUCAAAUACGAAGGCAAAAAUUUUAAAGAACGCAAUGCAGCGCUUCUGUAUGCCGGAAUUGUAUUCUUUAUCGUGAUGGGACUGCCGUCGUCACUGUAUUUGACCAUUAUAAAAGAGACUAGUUUUGGAAACGCAACUGUACAAGCGUAUAUGAACUACUAUGAAGCUAAUGAAGGCCCAGAUGCAAGUUGUUUAUACUUCAUGCCGUACUCAAUUUUAUCUGUUACUAGACCCCCUAUCAACUGUAGCGAGUGUGUGAACGUUAAAGAUAUUAAGUAUGCUUCUAAUUUGAGCCAGGAGGAAUUCUUAGAUCUGUACGCAUUUAGUAUGCAACCAAUCCUUGUAAAAGAUGGCCAACGAAAUUGGACUGCUAAAAAUGCCUUCAGUUACGAUUACUUUAAAGGUAUAUACUCUCCAGGAUCAAAGGCACUUAAAAAAACAGACAAAGAUUGCCAGUUUUUUCCCUAUCAAACAGCUAAUGUUAAUAAUAUGGCUGAUUUUGUUAACAUGUCAGCCGAAAGAGCCGCUGGAAAAACUGAGCCGUAUUAUUGUGGCUGGAGUAAUUGUGACGGUAAAGCUGCAAACGAGCUAAGACAACACUACAAGCGACCCUACUUUCUUUCUCCCGAGCUAGAUCACAGCAAAAUUGAUUGGGUCUUCAUGGGAUUAAAGGGUUUCGGAGCCGAAUUGCAUAUUGACAAUGUUGGAACAACAUCGUGGCAAGCACAAAUAAAGGGCACGAAAAAGUGGGUGUUGGAGGCCCCACCAGAGUGCUAUGGUACCUGCAUACCAAGAAUGGAAGUAAUUGUCGAACCUGGAGAUAUCAUUGUGUUGGACACAAACAAAUGGUUUCAUGCAACGGAGAUUCUUGGGAAUGAGACAAGUAUCGUGAUCGGUUCGGAAUAUUAUUAACUUACACCUGUUGUAAUUGGUUGCCCAAAACGAAACAGAAUAUAGAAACAACUUU